AUAACAUCCAGUGAUUUAGCCCUAGUGUAUACAGCCAACGAGAUUUCUCUUAAAGAGUCAGAUUAAGAUGAUUUUCUUUAACAAAACAUGUCAGAUAGUCCACGCGGGGCUGCCAUCUUGAAAAGCAUCGAUCUGAUCCGGCAGUACUGAUAUACAGCCUGGACCAGUGCUGACGAACAGACAUUACUGUAUCAGCUAUGACUACAUCGGGACUGAAAUAGAUACUGGUCCAGGCCAGAGCAACAGCCUCGAUUCAGCAGUGAUGGCCGUCGAUACUGGACCGUUAUAGAAUCAAACCUGGUCCAGGCCUGAUACCCAUCAUUCACGGAUCAUGCAUGGUAACUCUUGGGUGUGUACUAGCUUUGUGGGCGUAUUUGUUACAUGAGGGGCCGGGGCCGGGGCAAAGGAUAUCUUAGGAACACCCUAGCACGAGGGCGUUGCUAGCUGUACAUGGGUGUCGAUGUCAUCAACCAGCCCCACCCUUUACAACUGAUGGCUUCUAAGUUAUCUUCUCCUGUCGCUUCUUCUGUACCAGUAGACCCUCCAAAUCAACUGACAAUUACUGAUCUUCCUGAGAUACUUCAGUUACUCAGAAGACAUGACUACACUGGAUUCAGAGCAGGAGUCAGUUACUGUAGACUUGGUCGCUAUCUUGGUCUAUCUCUUGCUACACUUGAUGUCAUUACAGAGAAUCAUAAUUUUAUAGGAGAUAUUGAGGGUGGUCUGCAUGCGUGUCUUACUAAAUGGUUACAGAAAGCUGAUGAUGUACAGUACAUUAAAGGUGGUUCUACUCUCUAUUCAUUGGUAUCAGCAUUGAGGAGAAUUCAUAUCUUUCCUGUGAAUGACGUUUCCAAUUUAUAA